AUGGCGAAACCAGGAGAAGGACUAUGGAGCUACAGCAACCCCUCCCCAUCUCAUGCCAGAGUACCUGAUCUCAGAACAUCCUCUAAGAUGCAUUCUGAUUCUGGUAUCGUCACCAGCCUAAGAUUCAACCAGGAUAAUGGCUGUUUUUCUUGUUCGAUGGACAAUGGUUUGCGAAUAUACAAUGUGGAACCACUUCGUGAGAAAACACAUUUAGAUGCAUCUGUUGUAGGGAGCGUUGGUAUAUGUGAAAUGCUGUAUCGUACCAAUUUACUUGCUAUUGUUGGCGGUGGGAGGAAACAAAAAUUUGCAGAAAAUGCAGUACUAUUAUGGGAUGAUCUUGCUCAAAAAUUUGUGGCUGAAUUUACGUUUUCUUCUCCUGUUUUGUCUUUGAGGAUGAGGAGAGACAGGUUAUUUGUUGCCCAAAGAACACAGAUACAUGUGUUCUGCUUUCCAAAUAAUCCUGCUAAAUUGUUUACAUUUGACACAGGUGUUAAUCCACGAGGUCUGUGUGAAGUCAGUCCAUUUCCUAGCUCAGAAAGGCAGCUGCUUGUAUUCCCAGGUCACAUUUCAGGGAGUAUACAAAUAGUGGACUUGGCUAAAAUUCAUCCUGGCAGCUCAGCCACACCAAUCACGCUUAACGCCCAUACUUCAGAUGUCGCUUACAUUGCAAUAAACCAUCAAGGAACUUUAGUUGCUACAGCCUCUGUGAAGGGUACUUUGAUAAGAGUAUUUGACACAUACAGAAAGCUUCUUUUGAUUGAAUUACGUAGAGGUUAUGAUCCUGCAUCAGUAUAUUGCAUAAAUUUUAGCAGUGAUUCAGAUUUUCUGUGUGCAUGUAGCGACAAAGGAACUAUCCAUAUAUUUGCUCUGAAAGAUUUUCAUCUCAACAAAAGAUUAGCGUUCCCAGCUUCCAAACUAAUAGGAUCAUAUGGAGAGUCUCAGUGGGCAUUUGCUAAAAUAAAUGUGACUCAAGAUAGCAGAUGUAUUUGUGCCUUCGGAUCUAAUUCCUCUGUUUAUGUUGUUUGUGUUGAUGGGACUUUUCAUAAAUAUGUGUAUACAAAUGACAGAAGCUGCAACCGGGAAUCUUAUGAUGUUUUCCUUAAUUUGUGUGACAACAGUGAUUUUUAA